AUGAAAUCGGCUAAGCCGGUCAAUACACCGUUAGCCAAUCACUUCAAACUCAGUAAACGAAGUUCUCCUACGAGUCAAGAAGAAAAAGAAGCUAUGGCGAGUGUUCCAUACUCUUCGGAUAUCGCUCACGCGGUUGGAGUUGUUAGCAGUCAGAGCGCAUUGGAUUUGAGUAAGAACGUGAUGUACCACUCUCGAACGAAGCACAUUGAUGUCAGAUAUCAUUGGUUGCGACAAGUAGUGGAAGAACAACAGUUCAAUUUGGAAAAGAUUCGCACUGACGAAAACCCUGCUGACAUGAUGACGAAAGUUGUAACAGGAGGAAAGCUUCAGCUUUGUGCCGAGUUGAUCGGCAUGGAAUACAUGUGA